AUGCCACCACAGGUAACAGGCGAAAGGGCACUGCAUAGAGAACGCCUGGAGAAAGCAAUCUCGCUCUUAUACCAGCUUCUGCUAUACUUCGAGGACGGCACCAGACCGUACGCCCGGCACCUCAGCUCGGCGGAAGCAGAGUGGUACAUCCAACAGAUCGCGCGUGCGUACCCUCGACCUUUCCUUCCAACUCAUACGGGUACCAGCUUCCGCUUCCCGCCAGACUGGCCGCUGGAACGUCCGCAACCGAUCAAGCAGGCUAUCGUCAAGAUCGACCCCGCGCUUCGACGCGAUGUCGCAGAGCCCAACGAAUUCACCUCCGUUUCCCGUAGUGGUUUUAAACGACGGAUGAGCUUUUCCUGUCCGGGACUGCGCGGCAGCGCCAUCUCGGUGAUAAUGUGA